GUCACGUGAAUCAUGUGACUUCUUGAUAGAAAUGCCGGAAAGUUGAUCUUAUACGUUAAGAUUCGAUCUCAUCUUUACCGGAUGUUUUUCUAUUCUCUCUCCUCUCUUCUAUGUUAGAAACUGAACUGAAUGCCUCCUCCCUCCAAUCCUCUCUUUGAACCUUCUUUCGUAGAUCUUGAAGAAUAUUUGUGAAAAAGGACCCAAGUUUAUCAAUUUCUUUUGGAGUGACUACUCAAAAUCAGAGCUAAAAGAACAGAUCAAGGGAUAUAAGGUAGCAGCAAUCUUACUACAGUUGCAGAGAAAAUAUAUUACUGUAAACAUGAAUUAUGCACAAAGUAGUAGUGAUCCAAGUCUUAGAUGGUCUCUUAAGGGAAAGACUGCACUUGUCACUGGCGGAACCAAAGGGAUUGGACACGCUAUCGUCGAGGAGUUGGCUGGAUUUGGUGCAGCUGUUCAUAUCACUUCUCGACAUGAAAAUGAAAUCGAGGAGUGCUUGCGAAAUUGGAGAGAAAAAGGCUAUACAGUGACUGGUUCGGUCAGUGAUGCUUCAGUUUCGGUUGAUAGAGAGAAAUUAAUCAAGACUAUUUCAUCUGUUUUUGGGGGCAAACUAAACAUCCUUGUUAACAACGUUGGGGGAGCUGUGUUCAAAGACACCGUGGAUUACACAGAUGAGGACCAUGCGAAAGUUAUGUCUACUAACUUCGACUCUAGCUACUAUUUAUCAAAACUAGCACACUCUCUCUUGAAAGCCUCUGGCUCAGGAAGCAUUGUGUUCAUUACAUCUGUUGCGGGCAUUGUUGCUGCACCGAAGGUGUCCAGUUAUGCGGCAUGUAAUGGAGCUAUUAAUCAAGUCACAAAGAACUUUGCUUGUGAAUGGGCGAAAGAUAAGAUACGGGUCAAUAGCGUAGCACCAUGGUAUAUUAGAACCAGGCUUGCAGAACAUGAUCUGCUAUUAUUUGAAGGGCUUGAAGACUCUAUCGUAGCUAGAACUCCUAUGAGGCGUCUUGGGAACCCAAAUGAAGUUUCAUCUCUUGUGGCAUUCUUGUCCCUCCCUUGUGCUUCGUACAUCACUGGCCAAGUCAUUUGUGUCGAUGGUGGAUUUGCAGUAAAUGGUUUCUUCCCUACACAAGAUUGAAUAGUAGUUGGAACUUGCUGAAUAUUGUAUGUGAUUUUGAUCUCCAGGGGGAUUUUGUUGGAUUUUUAAAUGAAUUUGAAUUUUAAAUUCAUGCACUUCACCGUUAUAAACAGCUGAAUCUCGUACUAUGCUUUCUUUGUCGAGCGAGGUGUAUUUCUUUCGUGAAGAUAUAUUAACAUAUAUUUCCAACU